CGCCACGUUACGUCCACAACUCCAAUAUCAUCAAUUUUUUAAAUACACAUUGGUCACAAAACGCAGGAAUGGCUGGUGGUGAUAAGGUUCCAGGACAAUAUCUGGGCUGGUGGGGAAGCCUAGGUUCCCCACCCCAGAAAGGCGUCACUGUAUAUGCCAUGUCGGCGAACCGCCAAAACCCCCUCGCCGGGGCCAUGAACGCCGCCGUUUUCAACACGUUCCGCCGAUCGCGCAAGCAGAUUCUGUACUGGUUGCCUCCGAUGCUGUUGGGCUAUGCAACCAUGCAGUGGGCGAUUGCAAGGAAUGAGUACCUGAACUCUAAGCCCGGUCGUGCUGAGUACGCUGAUGAAGUGUAAGUGGGAUUCGGUUGCGAAAGGAUGGGUUUAAUGUUGUGGCCGCGUACUUGUUUUAGUACACGGGAUAUGGCAUGGAAUGGGUGGGUGGAUGGCCUGUCAAGUAUGGGUUAUUUCAAUUAGAUUUCAUUGAUCUCGCACUCAGACCCGCCUCUUGGAAUCUUUCUCAACAUUACCGAAACCUCUAGUUCAAGCUGGAGAUCGUAAGAGGAGAUCCUAAU